AUGGUUCGCUACGUGUUGGAUGGUAUAGCUCACGGCUUUCCGUCGGGUUUUGAUUCUUCGCUAGUCUCUUUACGAUCAUCGCACCGAAACAUGAAAUCGGCUUUGCAACAUCCCGAUGUUAUCGACAAAUAUUUGGCAAAUAAAAUUUCGCAUGGUCGUGUCGUGGGUCCAUUUGCCUCGCCACCAUUUCCUAAUCUACAGUGCAGCCCGUUUGGGGUCAUUCCAAAGAAAGGCCAGCCUGGUAAAUGGCGUCUCAUUCUGGACUUGUCGUCACCCGAAGGCCAUAGCGUUAAUGACGGCAUCCCCAGGGAUCCUUUCUCCUUGACUUACAUCUCCGUCGAUCAUGCCAUUGCUCGUUUAGUACAGCUUGGUCCGGGUGCUCUUAUCGCCAAAUUUGACGUAGAAUGUGCGUACCGUAACAUCGCUCUCAGACCUGACGAACGUUUCUUAUUUGGCAUGUGGUGGCGUGAGUCAUAUUUCGUCGAUUUGGCUCUUCCGUUGGUCUGCGUUCCGCCCCAUUUAUCUUCAACUCCGUCGCCGAAAUGGUGGAAGCUUCUAAAAGCUAAUUAUCGCGUUCGUUUUCUCCUUCACUACCUCGACGAUUUCCUGACCCUUGGCCCCGGCAACUCCUCCGAGUGCGCUAGUAAUGUAGCCAUCGCCAGGUCCUUAUUCCUCCGGUUGGGUUUGCCUCUCCAUCCGUCAAAGUGCGAGGGUCCUACUACUACGUUAGUGUUUUUUUUAGGUGUGGAACUAAAUUCUCUCACCCAAUCUGCUCGGUUGCCAUCCGCUAAAUUUGUGGCUAUCGUAGAGCUUCUCCAAAAAAUGGAAUCGUAA